AAUUUGUAACACCUCUUUCCUAUAUAUAUUCUCCUAUUAUUUUUCAACGGUCGAUAAUUUAGCUAGAUAAUUUUGUUACUUGUCGGUAUUAUAACUGUUGCACGUGUCAAAUAUAAGUGUACAUAGAUGCAUACAAAGUGGAUGUCAUAUAUGAACGUAUAACUGAUAAAAGAUCAUUAAGAUAAAGAUCAUUAAUACAGAUACGAAUGUCUUAAUAUUUUGGAAUAUUGAAUUAUAUCAAAAAUGACUUUUAUAUUACGACCAUUGUCAUCCUACCUGAAACAAAGACAUCAUGUAUCUAUAAGUUAUUUGGUUAAGGUACCUAACCACAAAAUUCACAUGUCAAAAUGCAUGUUUCAUGGUGAAUAUGAAAUGCAAGAUCCUAAAACGGAAGCUGAUAUAGUUAAUGUCACUUUUAUUGACAAAAGAGGCAAAAAGUUUAUAAUAAAAGGGAAAGUAGGAGACAAUGUAUUAUAUUUGGCUCAUAGAUAUGGAAUUGAAAUGGAAGGGGCAUGCGAGGCUUCUUUAGCAUGUACAACUUGUCAUGUGUAUGUGCACAAUGAUUAUGUGGAUAAACUUCCAAUUCCUGAGGAGCAAGAAGAAGAUCUCUUAGAUUUAGCACCUUUUCUAAAAGAAAAUUCUAGGCUAGGUUGCCAAAUAAUUUUGACAAAAGAAUUGGAUGGUAUAGAGUUAGAAUUACCUAAAGCAACUAGAAAUUUCUAUGUGGACGGUCAUACCCCAGCUCCGCAUUAAAAACUUAUCUGUUGAUUUCUUUUUUCCUUUGGUCAAGUCAAAUAUGUAAAUAUCAUAUUUGUACAUGUGUAUGUGUAUUUCAUAAUAAAUAUCAUAAUAUCCUGGAAAU